AAGCUGUGGACAGGGGGCCCCACCCACAGCUUCGGCAGCUCUCGCCAGCGACCGACUUCGGUGACAGCAUGGCAGCCAGCUCCAACCACGGACGGGUCGCGGACCAACCAGAGCGUCUGUUUUGCGGUGCGCGUUGCUCGAGUCUGGCAAACGGGAGGGAAAUUUAAAAAUUUGGACCCGCAUAUCGGUGACUACUCGGCAGCGUCAGACAGUCACAGACAGUCAGACGGUUGGGAUCAAUAAGGUCGUGGUCCUCCGUAGCUGCUCCGUACUAAGCUGCCGCUCCUGAGCUCCGGAUCUCCUCAAAAGCCAACCAUCUCUUCCCCUCUUGCUUCUCUUCUUCUCUCCCGUCCUUCUUUCCUUCCCUCCCCAUCCAUCACAUCAUCCCCCAAGCAAUCCAUCACAAUGGCCGCCCGCAACUGCACCAAGGCUCUCCGCCCCCUGGCCCGCCAAUUGGCCACUCCCGCCGUCCAGCGCCGCACCUUCGUUGCUGCUGCCAACGCUGUCCGCGCCUCCGUUGCCGUCAAGGCCGUUGCCGCCCCUGCCCGCCAGCAGGUCCGCGGUGUCAAGACCAUGGACUUUGCCGGCCACAAGGAGGAAGUUCACGAGCGCGGUGACUGGCCCGCUGAGAAGCUCCUCCUCAGCUAUGAGCUUUCCCCAACCAUGGAUCAUCCCAAGGUUUGGGCGGGGCACGGCGGUGGCGACUACUUCAAGAACGACACCCUCGCUCUCAUCGGCUACGGCUCUCAGGGUCACGGCCAGGGCCUCAACCUCCGUGACAACGGCCUCAACGUCAUCGUCGGUGUCCGCAAGAACGGCAAGUCCUGGGAGGAUGCCAUCCAGGAUGGCUGGGUUCCCGGCAAGAACCUCUUCGAUGUCGAUGAGGCCAUCUCCCGCGGCACCAUCGUCAUGAACCUCCUUUCCGAUGCUGCCCAGUCCGAGACCUGGCCCCACAUCAAGCCCCAGAUCACCAAGGGCAAGACCCUCUACUUCUCCCACGGUUUCUCCCCCGUCUUCAAGGAUCUCACCAAGGUCGAGGUCCCCACCGACGUUGACGUCAUCCUCGUCGCCCCCAAGGGCUCCGGCCGUACCGUCCGCUCCCUCUUCCGUGAGGGCCGUGGUAUCAACUCCUCUUUCGCUGUCUACCAGGACGUCACUGGCAAGGCCAAGGAGAAGGCCGUCGCUCUCGGUGUCGCCGUCGGCUCCGGCUACCUCUACGAGACCACCUUCGAGAAGGAGGUCUACUCUGACCUCUACGGUGAGCGUGGCUGCCUGAUGGGCGGUAUCCACGGCAUGUUCCUCGCCCAGUACGAGGUCCUCCGCGAGCGCGGCCACUCCCCCAGCGAGGCCUUCAACGAGACCGUUGAGGAGGCUACCCAGUCCCUCUACCCCCUCAUUGGUGCCCACGGCAUGGACUGGAUGUUCGACGCCUGCUCCACCACCGCCCGCCGUGGUGCCAUCGACUGGACCCCCAAGUUCAAGGACGCCCUCAAGCCCGUCUUCAACAACCUCUACGACUCCGUCAAGAACGGCGACGAGACCAAGCGCUCUCUCGAGUACAACUCCCAGCCUGAUUACCGUGAGCGCUACGAGGCUGAGCUCGACGAGAUCCGCAACCUCGAGAUCUGGCGCGCCGGCAAGGCCGUUCGCUCCCUCCGUCCCGAGAACCAGAAGUAAACAACUGGCGUUCAAUGCUUUUUGGUUGGGUGGUGAUUUCUGCUUGCACGAGGGAUACACAAAUGAUACUCCGGUAGUUGGGCAGGUUUGAAAAAUGACAGACACACACACGCUGCACAGGCCGCAUCAUGACUGGCCGGCCGCUGGAACGGGACGGGAUACCUCUGGGAAAUAUGGGGGAUAUUAAAAAGCCUUUUCUCCGACGUCUCUUCGAUUUGGUUUGUUCUGGGUUCAGUUUGUUCGGAUUGUAUAUAAUUAUCUUUAUGGGGGGCCUCUGCCCGGUGGCAUGUCGGUCAAUGAACUUUUCCUUUUUUCUCUGUUCAAUUGCUUGGUCUAUGCCCAUGCUUUGGUGAUCUGCAUCUUAUAUCGGACGAGCUGCCACUGACUUCACCUCCUAGUUUCUCUCUAUACAGUAUAUACCUCUUCUCUCAAUCGCCCUAUUCACUCCUCACCAAACAACCUCCCCAACGCCGCCAACUCAACAUUCCCCC